CCUCGACAUAUUUCUAUGGAAAAUUUCCGCACACCAAAUUUUGGACUUGUAUCUGAAGUUCUUCUCUGGCUUGUGAAAAGGCCACCAAGGCACAUAUAAAACUCAACACUAAGAAGCUUUAUCAAGCAGAUGGGUAUGCAGUGAAAGAACUAUUGAAGAUCACCUCUGUCCUUUAUAAUGCUAUGAAGACCAAAGGGAUGGAGGGCUCUAAAAUAGGAGAGGAUGAUAUCAGCAAGUUCAAGUUUGACCUUGGCUCAAAGGAACUGAGAACAGAAGCAAUUGCCAGACCUUUGGAGAUAAAUGAGACUGAAAAAGUGAUGAGGAUUGCAAUAAAAGAUAUUUUGGCACAGGUUCAGAAGACAAAGGACCUGCUCAACAACGUGGCCUCUGACGAAGCUAAUUUAGAAGCCAAAAUUGAAAAGAGGAAAUUAGAACUGGAAAGAAAUCGGAAGCGACUCCAGACUCUGCAGAGUGUCAGGCCAGCCUUCAUGGAUGAAUAUGAGAAGAUUGAGGAAGAAUUGCAAAAACAGUAUGACAUUUACCUAGAGAAAUUUAGAAAUCUGGCUUAUCUGGAACAACAGCUUGAGGAUCAUCAUAGGAUGGAACAAGAGAGGUUUGAGGAAGCUGAAAAUACUCUCCGACUGAUGCAGAACAAGCUGAAGGAAGAAGAAAAGCGACUGCUCAAGAGUGGAAGUCAUGAUGAGUCGGACAUUGACAUCCAGGAGGAUGAUGAAUCUGACAGUGAACUGGAAGAGAGACGGCUGUCCAAGCCGAGGACCGCCAUGGAGAUGCUCAUGCAAGGAAGACCUAGCAAACGCAUCGUGGGCACAAUGCAAGGUGGAGACUCUGAUGAUGAUAUGGAAGCAGCACCAGCUCUGUUAGGUAAAUGCAAGACUUCCAGCUCCAAGAAGCAGGAAGACUCAGAGGACAGUGAGAUUGACAUGGAAGAUGAUGAAGAAGACGACGACGAUUUGGAAGAUGAGAGCAUUGCUCUCUCACCAGCUAAGCCCAGUCAAAGGGUCCGGAAACCUGAGCCCCUGGAUGAGAGUGACAAUGACUUCUGACCUUCUUGCCAAAGGACCCAGGCAGAUUAAAACCCUCAGAUUUGUAGGUAAACAGGAACUUAGAAGGUUAGAAAGGAAACAUAUUUUGUUCCCUAAGCCUGCUGGACUCAUUGUUAAUGAAGCAAUACCUGUUUUCUCUUAGCCUCCUAUGUGUUACUCCAUGAAGCUUAACAAGAACCAGAGCGAACCCCAAAGAUGAUUUUUCUUUUCUUUUCCUCAUUUAUCUCCUAAAACUUGGGAAAUGCAUGUGUUCUUAGUUAUUCACAUCCACAGGACAAAAACUUGAGGAGAAAUAAGUUUCUAUGUGAGUCUUGGCUAUCGUUGUUACACAUUUCCUCUGAGAGUCAGAGGGACAGACGUGGGGCUGGGACUGGGUACAAGAACUCACUUUAGGAAUUAUAGCUGAGUGUCUGACUAUUAAUAUCUUGUACAAUUUAUAAGCUUUUAAUUCUAGCCUUUAUUUCAUUUUAUAGUCUUAUUUUCUUCUGCAUGCUCACAAUACCAAGCUUUAAAUUUAUUUUACUAAAAUUUUCUGAGUGAAAGUUAGCUAAGUUAGAUGAAAACCAAUUUUUCUUGAAAGUCAGGCAACACAUAGAUCCUCCAGAUUAUAAAUACUCGAUUUUAUAUCAGAAGGCUGACAUUCUUUUUUAGGAAAUCAAAUUAAGGAAAACAUGUUAGUACAGAUUCGUGCUUCUGAUUUAAAAAAAUAAACCAGAAUUGAAUUAGGUGGAGUAGCACUAGAAUUUCCCUGUUGUGAAAUGAGAAGUGACAGAUAGGUGGCGUUGUUUUGGUUUUUUAAUAUGGAAAGCACAGAACAGUUUUCAUUUCUUUUUCAAUUAUAAAGUCAGAAGAGUCCUGAAGUUACUUAUCUCUUAAUACAUGUAUUUAAUACCAUAUUUUUAUAUUAUUAAAUAAGUUUUACUUGAAA